AUGGCCUCCAUAAGAGGGCGAGCUCUCGCCCGAGCUCUACGCCCCUCCAAACAGCUCACCAAACUCUCCACCCCAUUCCAAACUCCCCAAAAACCCAACCUAUCCCAAACCCGCACACACACCUCCGUCUCAGCCGACGAACUCUCUCACUUCUCAGGCCUCGCCAGCUCCUGGUGGGACCCAAUGGGCCCCUCUCGAAUCCUCCACCUAAUGAACCCCCUCCGCCACGAAUUCAUCGCCUCCUGCCUAGCCGAAGGAACAACCGAACAAAAACCAGACCCCACAUCCGCAGCCCUCCACUACCUAGAUAUCGGCUGCGGCGGCGGCAUCUUCGCAGAGUCCCUAGCCCGAACAAUCCCCACGACACCACAGUCCGCCGCUCCAACACCGACUCGCGCAGCCUCAAUGACAGCAGUCGACCCCUCAACGGACCUCAUUAAUAUGGCGCGCGAGCACGCGCGCUUGGAUCCGGCCGUUCACGCGCAUUUGCGCGAUAGUCGCUUUCGAUACUUGAAUACGACGCUGGAGGAUGUACUUGCGUCGAAGACGGGUCCUGUAUCUACAUCUGCGUCUGCGUCUACGUCUGAGACGUCAGCGCAAUUCGACGUCGUGACACUCUUCGAGGUCCUCGAACAUAUCGAUCCGAAGACUAGUUCGCCGCUGAGCUUCUUGAGUAAUUGUCUUCGGGCGUUGAAGCCUGGUGGUUGGUUGAUUGGAUCUACGAUUUCGAGGACUCUUCCUUCAUUCAUUCUCAAUCAGGUUAUUGCGGAGGCGCCGUGGCCGAUUGGUGUUGUGCCGCGGGGAACGCAUGAGUGGAGUAAGUUUGUGAAUCCGCCUGAGGUGAAGGGUUGGUUGCAGGAGGGACUUAUGAGAGCUGCGGAUACGGGGGUUGUUCGUGGGGGUGCGGAGCAGGUUAAGGGUAUGCAAUGGAAGUGUGUGGGUGCGAUUUAUAUCCCUGGCUUUGGGUGGAAGAUGGUGCCUGGAAGUGAGGAUUAUGGAAAUUACUUCUGGGCUGUUAGGAAGGGUGUUUGA